AUGUCAACCUCCUCCCAUCGUGACGAUUUCUUUCAAACGACGUCCGCGCUUGAUGAACAGAAGCGAAAGGACGCUAAAUCCAGCAACACACACGGCUCCCCCAUCAGGCUCCAGAGCAAGAUUCUAGCUGUACAACCCGAUCCGUUGAAAGCAGGUGCCGUGUAUGUAGCCCAGAGCGGCGGAACAGUCAGAAACAUUAUACUCGAAACUGGUGAAACUGCUGCGAUUUUCAAAGGACCCACAGCUCCCGUUACGAGCAUCUGCUUCAGUCCCAAUGGCCAGUUACUAUUUGCUGCGUGCUGGGACAAAACCAUUUGGAGCUGGGAUGUGACUACGAGACAACCGACACUGAGAUAUGAAGGCCAUACGGAUUUUGUGAGGGCUGUUAUUAGUACGAGACUAAAUGGGCAGGAUGUCCUCAUCUCCGGGGGUGCUGAUGCACAAAUACUGGUAUUCGACAUUGCGAGCGGCGAAAGACUCCAUGUGCUCAAAGGCCACACCAAAGGAAUUCAGGACUUGACGAUUGAUCCGGCAUCCCUUGACCCUGAUAGUCUUGAACGAGUCGUUUUCAGCGCUGGUAGUGACAGAGAAAUCCGUCGCUUCGACAUUUCCAAAGGCAGCCAAGAUCUCACUGGCACAGAGGCUCUCCUGGCCCACGAAACAAACGUCUACAAGCUCUUUUUCGACCAAGACGCUGACCUCUGGACAGCAUCCGCUGAUAAAACUGCCAAAUGUCUGGUGAGGGAAGAUGGAUGGAAGCCAAAUCUGACGUUGAACCACCCAGAUUAUGUUCGCGAUGUGGUGGUCGACGAACGAGGGGGGUGGGUCGUCACUGCCUGUCGAGAUGAAGAGGUUCGCGUAUGGAAUAGAUCAACGGGACAACUUUACCACACAUUUUCCGGCCAUUACGAGGAGAUAACAGGUUUAGUUCUUCUAGGAUACACGCUGGUUAGUGUCAGCAUUGAUGCGACCAUCCGGCAGUGGUCUUUGAAGCCCGAUGAACUCCAGAAAGCCGUGACUGAAGCAACACAGCCCCCAGCCGAGGAGCAGUCUGCGAACCCAGAAUCCAUGCUGACAGAGGAGGAGGAACGGGAACUAGCAGAGCUACUGGAAGAGGAUUAG